AUGACCCCAAGUGCCCUGGAAGAGGAGUUGGUUCCCACGGCAUCGGCUCGCUCUGCCCCACCCCCACCCAAGCCUCAGAGAGGGCGGGGCGGGCCGUGCCCACAGGAGAACGGCAGUGCCAGGCAAGCUAGCCUGGUUCCAUGCCAAGGUCCCCAGGCCCAGUCAUCACGGAAACAGCACCUCAGCGUCCAAAAGCCUAAGCCCAGGAUUCAUCAGGUCCCUCCCAGGGGCUCCACACAGGACAGGGAGAACCAGGGAUCCAAUCCCACGGCCGCCCUAGUCCUAGACGCCAGAGCAGACAUACUCAGCCUCCACAGCGACCCUGCAGGAAGAUUGCCCUCGGAUCAGCGUGACCAUAGCUCUACCCUGCGCGUGCGCACUGGCUCUGGGGUGCCUAGCGUCACUCCUGGUGCCACCCGAUGGCGCUCUGGGCGAAGAGGUCCAGCUGCAGCAGUCUCCCGAGCCCAGAGUGGCCAGAUGGUUUUCAAACUUUGGCAACAUCAACAAGUACAUAGAGAAGAUCUUCAACAACGGUUUGAAGAAACCCAAAAACCUCAAGAAACCGUCCAACUCUACCAAACCCACCCCGUCGAGUACCACAGUACAUCCUUACUUGAACAUCACGAACCCCACGACCUCAGAACACCGGCAAACCCCAAACUCCACCCCUUGGGCUCCAGCCAUAAUGCAGCCAGCAGAGGCCUCCACCUAUAUCCUUGAGCAGACACCUGGCCAGAAUCUGACUACCCUUGGACCCUUUUAGACGAUGAGACGGACCUCUAUUCCUCCCUACCCACCCAGCAUGGACAGACAAUAAAGAGAAAUAGCAGGACUAACAAGAUGGCUCCAGGUUACUUGCCACUAGCCUGCCGGCCAGAGCUCCCUUCUGGAUCUCUUAAGAUGGAAGAAAGGACGCGUACCAUGACUCGCGUGUGUACACACACACGCAUCAUACAAACCACAAUAACAAUAAAGGGACGGAUAAACAAAUACAUUUUAAAAAAGAA